AUGGAAGAAGAUGAACUCUGCUUUCCCAAACUGAACACCUCCUGCAGGAAGAUGAAACACUCUAACUUGGAGGCAACUCUCACAUACAAUCUGCUGUCAUGCAUCACUCUGCUAACUGUUGUUCUUAACCUGCUGGUUAUCAUCUCUAUCUACCACUUCAGGCAGCUCCACACCGCCACCAAUCUCCUCAUCCUCUCUCUGGCUGUCUCAGACUUCAUUGUCGGUUUCCUGCAGAUGCCAGUUGAAAUCCUGCUCUUCCAAGGCUGUUGGAUCCUGGGUGACUUCAUAUGUGCUGUGAAUUCUUUUUUAGCUUGCCUUAUUAUAAGCGUUUCAGUAGGAAACAUGGUGCUCAUAUCAGUUGACCGCUAUGUUGCUAUCUGUGAACCCAUGUUUUACUCCACUAAAGUCACUCUUAAAAGAGUCCAACUCUGCAUUUGUCUGUGUUGGAUAUUCUCUGCUUUCCACAGCAGUUGGUUACUGAGGGAUGUCUUGAAACAACCAGGCAGAUAUAAUUAUUGUUACGGAGAGUGUGCAAUUGUAAUUAAUCAUGUUGAAGGAGUUUUUGACUUUGUUGUGACCUUUAUUGGCCCCUUUAGCAUCAUAAUAGUUCUGUAUAUGAGAGUGUUUAUGGUGGCUGUGUCCCAGGCUCGUGCCAUGCACGCCCAUAAUGCAGUUGUCACACUCCAGCAUUCAAGGACAAUAACUGCUAAGAGAUCGGAGAUGAAAGCAGCCAGGACAAUUGGUGUUGUUGUAGUUGUGUUUCUUCUGUGCUCAUGUCCGUAUUACUUUUUCACUGUUACAGCUGAGAAUGCCACAUUAGAAGCAUCUUCUGCAGCUGUAAUUUGGCUGCUAUAUUUAAACUCCAGUCUAAACCCUGUGAUUUAUGCCUUUUUCUACCCCUGGUUCAGAAAAUCAAUUAAACGCAUCGUUACACUUCAGACACUUAAGCCUGGCUCAUCUGAUGCCAACAUAAUGUAA